CUCUUCGAUUGCGAUGGCGUGCUUGUCGAUACAGAGAAGGAUGGCCACCGCGUUUCUUAUAAUGAAACUUUCAAAGAGAAAGAAUUGAGUGUUACUUGGGAUGUAGAUUUGUACGCAGAGUUGCUCAAGAUUGGAGGUGGAAAAGAAAGGAUGACAGCCUAUUUUAACAAGAUGGGUUGGCCCAAAAAUGCUCCGAAGAGUGAAGAAGAAAGAAAAGCAUUUGUAGCUUCACUUCACAAGAGAAAGACAGAGUUGUUUGCGGCCCUUAUUGAGAAAAGGCUGCUGCCGCUUCGGCCAGGAGUUGUAAAGCUGAUAGAUCAGGCUCUAGCAGAAGGAGUUAAAGUUGCUGUGUGCAGCACUUCCGUUGAGAAGGCGGUCUCUGCAAUAGUUACAUUCUUGCUGGGACCAGAACGGGCAGAAAAAAUCAAGAUAUUUGCAGGUGAUGUGGUUGCCCGCAAGAAGCCUGAUCCAGCCAUCUACGAAUUGGCGGCUAAUACUCUUGGUGUUGAUCCUUCAAGUUGUGUUGUGAUAGAGGACAGCGGCAUAGGCCUUGCAGCUGCCAAAGCCGCUGGAAUGAAGUGUAUAGUAACUAAGAGCGGAUACACAGCCAAUCAAGAAUUUCCGAAUGCAGAUGCAGUCUUCGACUUCAUUGGAGAUCCCCCGGAGGAGCGAUUCGACUUGGCAUUCUGCGGAAGCCUUCUCAAGCAGUGAGCUAGCUCAGUUUUCAGUAAUUAUCUGUUCCAUCUAAAAUUCGUUGGAUAGUGAUUAGGGUUUCAGCAAAGAUAAUAAAAAAAAUGCCAGUGCAUUUUGUAGUAGUCUUGAUGUAUAUUAAAGUGCAAAUUAGCAAUUCUCAAGCAGACAAAGUUUUCAUUUGUGAAUCUCUGGAUGAAGUAUUAUAAGGAGCUUCCAUUGCUAAGGCAAGCUUUUGGAAUGAUCUUAAGCUAUGAAUUCUUUCAUUUG